AUGAGUCUCACCAACCCGCCUUCAUCAUCUGGUCCUCUCUCUGCUACCACCAGGCCUACUGCGGCCACCGUCAGCCAAAGUCUAUCUCUGAAAAGGAGUUUACAGGCUGCUGUUGAGGAAAACUCACGGAGACAAACUGGAACUGGAUACACCAGUAAGGUUCGUGUACGGGACAAAUACCACAUCGUCGGCUUCAUCAGCAGUGGUACUUAUGGCCGAGUGUACAAGGCGCUUGGUCGAAAUGGCCAGGGUGGAGAGUUCGCUAUCAAAAAAUUCAAGCCUGAUAAAGAAGGCGAUAUCAUUCAGUACACAGGCCUUUCGCAGUCUGCAAUCCGAGAAAUGGCGCUUUGUUCCGAGCUUGACCAUGCCAACGUAGUGCAACUCGCGGAGAUUAUCCUGGAAGACAAGUGCAUUUUUAUGGUAUUCGAAUACACUGAGCAUGACUUGCUCCAAAUUAUCCAUCACCACACUCAGCCACAGAGACACCCGAUCCCGGCAACUAUGGUGAGAUCGAUCUUAUUUCAGCUCCUUAACGGUUUGCUGUACCUUCAUACAAACUGGGUUCUGCACCGAGACCUGAAACCAGCCAAUAUUCUGGUGACAUCAAGUGGUGCGAUCCGCAUUGGUGAUCUAGGGCUUGCAAGGCUUUUCUACAAGCCACUAAAUUCACUCUUCUCCGGCGACAAGGUCGUCGUGACCAUUUGGUAUCGCGCUCCAGAAUUGCUGAUGGGUAGUCGGCAUUAUACCCCCGCUGUGGAUCUAUGGGCUGUUGGGUGCAUCUUUGCGGAACUGCUCUCCCUUCGUCCAAUCUUCAAAGGAGAAGAAGCCAAGAUGGAUAGCAAGAAGACGGUCCCAUUUCAGCGCAACCAAAUGAUGAAGAUAAUUGAUAUCAUGGGUUUACCGAAUAAAGAAAACUGGCCCGGCAUCGUCCACAUGCCAGAAUUCAACCAGCUUCAGUCCUUGGCAAUGUCACGCGCCCCGAACCAUAUCAGCCGAACCUCGAACCUGGGAAGCUGGUACCAGAAUUGUUUGAAGAAUGGCGGGUACUCACCCGCGUCCAGCGUCGGCACGCCCGGCGACGACGGCUUCGAUCUCCUAUCGCGCUUGCUCGAUUACGACCCCACUACUCGAAUCACAGCACAAGAGGCCUUGGAACACCCCUACUUCAAGAACGGCGGUCCGAUCUCGGCCAACUGUUUUGAAGGAUUCGAGGGCAAAUAUCCACACCGGCGUAUCACCCAUGAUGACAAUGAUAUAAGGACCGGAAGCCUUCCAGGCACCAAGCGGAGUGGCCUACCCGAUGAUAGCUUGAUGGGUCGGGCGGCGAAACGCCUGAAGGAAUGA